UUGACCGCUGACCCAUUACUCCCUGAGUUAGAUAGACAGAGUUUGUGAGCCUGUGUCCCAGACUCCCAGGAUCAGAGAAAGAGUGACUGUGAUGGAGUUUUCUACAAUGAUGAUAUUCAUUUUAACAGAAUCAUAGUUUCCCUGUCAGCUGUGUAUACCUACUGAUUAAAUAAUGGGUAUAGCAAAUACGAGAACCUAACAUCGACAAUAACCAGUAGAUGUCGCUAAUACAUCAUGUCAAAACCAGAAUUACCCAAUUUCAUCACAGAGCCAGUAUGUUCGCAUUGUCUACUACACACAAUCUCAUUAACUGUAACAUGUAUGUAUUCAGUGUCUAUAAAACGAGGAAUUAAUCAAAAGUAAAUUCAAGUAUCGACCAUGUGUAGGUAAAGUCACAUCACAGUUGUAAAACAUUUAACUCCAAAGGUGGCUGUUUUACAAUUAACUAAGGAUGUAUUCAUUAUCUGCAAUUAUUCAGGAUACCGUUUAAAUAAUAUGUAUCAUUAACUGUCCAAUAGCCUAAAGAAGAGCCUUAGUAACAAAACGGCACUUUCGUUUUUAAAUCAAAACUCAUCCUUCUUACAAUUCAUAAAUGCACAACGUAUUCAAUGACAGUCAGAAGCCAAUUUAUUUCUGAUUAAUUAGGUAAAAAAUAUUACGUAGAAUAUUAAGUGCAAUUACAUUCUGUUUUAACUGAUUUAAUAACACAUUUUUCCUAUAUAUGCACUCAUACAGUGAGCCGUAGAAACAAAGGUGAAACCUGUAAACCACGGAGCCAAUCAGCGACCUGCAAUUUGUUUAGGGCUAUUAAAACUCAAGGCGGUCUUUUCUGUCUUUCCCUCAGUUUGUUCGGAUCUGUCUCUCCGCCGUUAUGGGAUUAUUAUCACACAUCGACAGGAUCUGAAUGAAGGCUACUUUUGCAAAUGAAGUCUUGGGUUUACAUGUUUAGAUAGCAGUACCUCACAAAGCCAUCUGUACAGACAUCGCAAUAACGUGUAAGAGGUUUGGGUACCAUAUGAGAACAGUGGAGCUGAUCACUCAAGUUGUACUGCGGAGUACACCAAGACCAAGGGUCACUUUACAAUGCCAGUACUACCAAGUCAGGAGAUUGCCACCAGAUUCAAGGAGAAAUGGAUGAAGCUUCACCCAGAAGACCAAGACAAUGAGAAUGGUUCAGUGCACCUGGAUGACAGUCUCACCAGCCUCCAAUGGCUCCAGGACUUCACCAUAGUCAGUGCGAGUCUAGAAAGCCUACCGGGCUCCACUUGCCAGCCGUACCAGCUGCCUCAGCCCAGCCACCUGCACCCUCAGGGCUCCGACUCCCCCUCCAGUCCACCUGCUGGGGACACUGCAGCCUCCGGCAUGCCUCAGAGUGCAGGCAGCCCCAUCACCUCCAGUGCCUCAGCCAACAGGACUAGUUACUACUCACUUCACCCGACAGUGACCAACAACCAGCACCAGAUCACUGUGCCAGCCAAGUCCCUGGAGGAGGUAGACUUCAAGACCAACCACGAGGUGAAGCCUCCCUACUCCUACGCCACACUGAUCUGCAGAGCCAUGCAGGCUGGCAAGAAGAACAAGAUCACACUGUCUGCUAUCUAUAACUGGAUCACAGAGAACUUCUGCUACUACAGACACGCUGAGACCAGCUGGCAGAACUCUAUCCGUCAUAACCUGUCACUCAACAAGUGCUUCAUGAAGGUUCCCAGGCAGAAGAAUGAACCAGGAAAAGGGGGAUUCUGGCAGAUUGACCCUCAGUACGCGGACAUGUUUGUCAAUGGAGUCUUCAAGCGCAGGCGGAUGUCAGCCAUCCAUUUCAACACCCAGAGACACAGCAAAACCCAAGGAUCAUCCCGUAACCGGAAAACCCAGGAGUACCACCAGCAUUUUCAACAGGCCCACUACACAGUGUCCCACAGAGGAGCAGGUGCUGGGAACAGACGCAAACUUAGUGGCACAAAGUGGGAGACAGUCCAUAAGUCACCACUGUUGACACCGGAUCUCAUGGAACCAGAGGCACUGAAGGGUGAACUAGACUGGGCCAUGGUGUUUGACGAUGUUCUCAAUGGGAGCAGCAAUAACUUUGAGGAUCUAGACAUUAACCUAGCUCUGAACUCCCUGGGGUGUAAGGUGGAGCUCUCCCAGCAGGAUCAUGGCCGGGCCUGGCACCUGGGGAGGUGGUGCAGCGGAGGGGCUGACCGGGACCACCAGCAGGCCUGCAGGUACAUGGAGGUGACCACCAUGGGCUGCUACAGCAUGGAGGAGAUCCAGCAGCACCUCAACCUGACUGGGCUGCAGCAGCCACUCCCACAGCACUUUGAGGAGCCGACACUGUUCCCUGAUGAGCAGCAGAGGCACCCCUGGGAGGAGCUGAAAGAGGAGGUGCAGGCAGUGCCUAUCACCCUGGACCAUAGUCUCAGCUUCUGUGAAGGCUUCUUCACUGAGAUGCAGCCAUGGGGGACAGCAGAGUCUUAUAUGUGACACCCUCACCCAGCACCAGCCCCAAUACUGAACACGCAGUCCAGCAGGAGGCCAGAGGACCUAUAGACUACUGUUUUGCUACAUUAGCAUCAUGGAUUCAUUCAGAGAAACAUACUUUAAUUGAUUUAUUUUUUAAUCUGAGUCAGAUUUACAGUGUUUUUUAUGUGCAUUUCUAUUUGCUUUUUGAUUGUUUGCAUCUAUGAAAUAAACAUGCUGUUUUUAAUGUAGCAUUGAAUGUCUGUUAUAGAACUAAAUAAAUCGAUCCUAAUUAGCAACCACUUCAUUCCAAAAAUCUAUACACUAAAAUCUAUACACCGGUCAAAAGUUUUAGAACAUCUACUCAUUCAAAGGUUUUUCUGAAUUUUUUGCUAU